AUGUCUGCACAGGUCAUGGAAAAAUGGAGCUGUGCUCUGAAAAUAGAAAAAGAUCUGAGUUCCCUGUUGAAGGAUAAGGCCCCAAGAUUCGACGAUGUCGAAACCUUGAUCGAGAAAUUACGCCUUACCUGCGAGGGGACGAUCUUCCUCGAUUUCGAAUUUGCACAAAAGGAAAGCGUGGAACGACAUUUAUGGGAUGCGCACAUUAAGAUCAAUGGACGCUACCGAAAGGUUGUUGACCACUACAGACAAGGGGACAAGAAGAAGAAUGUGGUAGAAAGACGUAAGGUUGAACAGCGCUAUGUCGAUUUCAUCAAGAGGAGUCAAUUUUUCUACAAGGGCUAUAUCCAGCGGCUCGCGUCUCAUUUUUCGGGAAUGAAAGAGCUACGAAGAAUUGCUCAUCGUCUAUCUUUAGAGGCUUUAUGUGUGGAUGAAAGAGUCAAAGUUUCACCAGAGGUCGAGAAGCUUAUUGACAUGUCUUGUCAUGCCACCCUGCUCAAACUUGGAGAUUUGUCUCGUUACCGCAACAAUCUUCGAACGAAGAAUCGAAGCUGGGAGCCCGCCUUAGGUUAUUACAGUUUGGCCAACGAUCUUGAUCCCAACAAUGGAAGCGCCCAUAACCAAAUGGCGGUAAUCGCACUAGCCGAUGGACAUCACCUUGAUGCUGUUUACCAUUUGUACAGAGCUGUUGCUGUCAAUGAACCACAUCCACUUGCCAAAGGGAAUCUCGAGAUCGAAUUCAAGAAAAUUACGGCAGGGUGGGAAAAGCAGCGUUCUCAGCUAAAGUCUGAUAGUCUCACGACUCUGGUUUGGUGGUUUGUCCUGCUUCACGCCAGGUAUUACGAGGGAGCGGAUUUCGCGACUCGUGAGGAGCUAGAAAAGGAGGUUCUGUCAAGAAUGGCCUUAUUACUCAAGGAGCAACAAUUUGGAGACACCCUGGAGAAAUUCGUCCUUAUCAACAUUGCUGCAGAGUAUUUCGCUGGAGAACAAGUCAAGGGUGGUAAUUCAAAUCCUGCGGGCAUCCAGGCAGUUCGCACUUUUUUCUUCUGCCUGGGGUUCAAUGUGAGGGUCAUGUGCAUGCUUUUACAAGCUCUAGAACCUGAACUUAAAGAAAGUAGCAGCGGCGAGCAUCUUCCCAGCGAAGAGUCGACUUCGACGCAGAAUCAUGAGCGUGUAACGCCUGCGAUGCGAAGGAUAAUUCCAGCCUUACGGCAAUACUGUGUAUGGCUCGUCUCUCAAAUCACCGUAAUAACUGCACCUAUCGAAGACAGACGAAACGCAGAUCCGUACAUCAAGGAAUUAUGGAAGAGCUUCGCAGACAUCCUAACACAAAUAAUCAACGUUUUCCCCCCUCAGGAACUCAAAUCUGUCGGCUAUCUUUUGGAGGAGGAUGAAAGUACUGAGGGCUUCAAACCAUUUUGGAAUCCUCAGUAUCCGCAAGAUUGCAAUCCCUAUUUUGACCAUGCCAGUCAUAGAAUAAAAUCCCGAGUUACGGAUCCUGGCGUCGAGCGUCAUCUGCCCGCAAUGGAAAUGCAGUCUAGAAUCCGAGACAUUGUUCUUUGCGGUCUCGUGCUACAACCACAGGACCAGUAUCCCAAUGUUCCCGUUACUGUAAGAGAUGGAGCGUUCAUUUACAUUGAGGAAGCAUUGCCAGUCGCCCAUGUCUCCGAGUCGUCACAACCCUUCCCACAAUCACUUCCUCAAGAUCAGGCUACCCAGGACAUUUCGCUCCCAAAAGCAUAUCAGGACUCCGACAUUAGUGUUCCUGCUCCUCUUCAAAGCGUAGCAGCUUUUGAAUCUCAUACUAGUCUUGACCACGAGAUGAGUUACAUGGUGGAUAAUAUUUUAGAUGACGCCGACACCACCUAUGGAAUGGGUUCUUCAACUGCAGAUAUCAUGCUCCGCACAUCUUCAAACGGACAGCAUCACACUCGGGUUCGAAGCAUACCAAAGGCUCUUCCCAAUCUUCCAGGGCUAGGUUCAGAGACUUGGACGCCUAAACCAGACGAGCUCAAGUUUAGUCCAAUUCGUCAAAAUCAUGUUCUCAGCUCCACGUAUUCCCCUUUCAGUCUUGGGACCCCGAAACAGCAAAUGGAUGGCACAUAUCACGCGGCUCAAGGUCCUGUGUACGGACCCCUAUCGCCGCGCUUGGUUUCCCUGAGUUCUACGUCUCCAAUCAACAACUACGAGGAGCACGGACAAAAUGCAUUUUUAACAAUGACGACGGACUCGUGGAAUAGUACCAGCAUUGAUGUUAACAGCCCUACAAACAAAAAUCGUUACACGACGGGGGCGGGACUGAGAACCGCUGCGGCACUUGCAAAUGGCAACAAAAGCACAUUCUCUACGGAGAUGGACAUGUUGGAAUAUAAACCAUCGCCGAUUGGUAGCCAGCGCCGCAAGGAUACAUAUAAUCAAACUCCUCCUGGCGGUCAGGGCGGUUGA